AUGCCAGGGGCCAAGAAGGACAUUGGACAACCACCGGCUAGGAUUUCUAGUACACUUUCGACCAUGUCUGCUGCCUUUUCUCUCAGUGAAUUCACAGAACUCGUCUCUACGGCGUUGGAGAUCGAUAAUUCUCUGGACUCAAAACUUACCACUUUUGAUUCUUUUUUCCCUCCAUCUUCAUCCUAUUCCUCGUCAGAAAACGCGAAACCUUCUCCAUCUCUACCUCCUACUUCCACUUCCAAAUCGUCACCAGGUAGUCCUCGCGUCUUGCGCAAAAUCAAGUCCUUGCUGGCAUAUGGGUCUGGCAAGUUCAACCAGUCGCUUCCGCCACCUUUGCCAAGCUCAGGAUCAAAGUCUACUCGGUCCGAGCCUUUAAUGGCUACCUCUGAGCCAUCUUCACCUUUAAAGCCUAUUCCUACCGUGUCUUUACUCGAUCAGAAGGCACAGGUUAAAUCCGAAAUUGCACUUUUUGUGCCCUAUCUUCCCUUAGCAGACCGCCACGAGCGAUUCGGUACCAGCGCCUCCAUUUUCUCUCGACACGGCUCGGAUUGUGGUUCGAGUGUCGUUCCCCUAGAAAACACAAGUGACUCUGGCGACUCCGAAUUUUCAGAAUCGCUGCUUACUCCUCCUCAAUCCCCCAGAACACAUCGACGCGCUUCUUCUUCUUCCUCAGUAUCCUGUCUCCAAAGUGCAGCGUCUUCUGCUUCCCAUGGCGACCUCAUCAGCGUCUCUAAUUCGCUCAUCACCCAGUCGAGGUAUUCUUCGAUGUCAUCUUAUUCUACCAACUCCUCCCGUCGAACACCAGCCGAGCAAUCAUCAGAGUCUUCUAUGCAUUCGCACUCUCUUGACGCGUCUGACUUGGAUCCCUUUGCCAAAGGCAGCGUACAAGUCGUGACGCGUCGAACAAGUGCCGGAAGCUCCCAGGGCGGUUCCAGCGUCUUUUCGUCCAAUCUCGUCCAUCCAUUCUCAUCCAGUCAUCCCGCGCAGUCGAUUGUUGCAGUCAAAGAGUUGUCUGCAAACGAUGAAUCCGCAGCAGAGUUCGGUCAUUUCCUGACCAGUACCCCGCCAGUUUCGAGAGCGAAAUCAAGCGAGCGCCGAAAGCGUGUUUCGCCCACAGGUCGACCCAAGCAGAAGCCUGUACCGACGUGUCCAUUGCCUCUUCCACCGAAAAGCAAGCCUCCGACAGGCCCGCUUCCAUCAGUUCCUAUCGAUAGUUCGUACUCUGAUGACAGCAACAGCAGUUUACCUUCUCCUCCAAUUACGCCUCCGGGAUCUUUCCGGCUGUCGAAAAGACAAAGCGAGAAAGAUUGGACACUUGGACUGCCUUACACUAGCGAUGAGGACCUCGUCAACUUAAGGAAGAUUUCUCGUCAUACAGGGUUGUCCAGGAGUAGCGAAGUCAUGCCACGGAGAAGGUCUAGUAGACCUUCGAGAAGCGAGGAUUCCGCGGUGUUGCCUCCUUCUGUACCAUCACAAAUAUUGUCCCUUGCUCAAAGACGAACCGACUUGAAGCCAAUGGGCCAUAAGAGAAAAGGAUCUCCCUUCCCUUUGAUCCUUUCUCCUUCAACCCCAAGCCCUGACUCUAUUUUCGCUGGAGUCGAUCAUUUAUCAGCUGCUGCAACUUCGCGUGUUUUGCGUUCACGUUGUAGUUUGUUAUCCUCAGAUUCGGAUACAUCAGACUCUUUGGAAAACGCGCAUAGGCGCCUCGAGAAAAUGAUGAUGGAACCUGCCGGUAUGAUCCUUGGCGAGAAAGGGAUUCCUAUCCCUCUUUCCGUAGCUUCCUUGCCGAAGAAUCUUCCAGUCAACGCAAAUGCUCCGAUGAAGAGGGAUUUAGGGUUAGAUGGAGACAUAGAAACUCCUAUGCAAAGCCCAAUUACACCAAUGUCCGGGCAAUUCGCGUACGCACAGAAUCUGGCGUGCAGUGAUCGUAGCCUUUCUCUCAGUCCGCAGCCCAAGAGAAAUAGAUCAGAGCAGGUUCCUAAAUCGGUUGUCAUGUUGUCGUUGGAUCCUUUCGCGAUUAGCGAUUCCGAAUCGUUGACUAGUGGAGAGGAGACGUCGUAUUGGAGCGCAAGAAGCAGUAUGGAUAGUGUUAUCGAUUCGACGGUGGAACUUGAUUAUUUGUCAGCCUAUUGA